UACGAUAGUAAGGAGCAUGAGGGACUAUAAAGCGCUGCUGGAACAGUUUGAGAAACCAUUCCAAACUCUACUUCACACACUGACCAUGGGCAUAUCAGGAGCUACCAAUGCUUUUCAUGUUCUGCAGCGUAUCCAAUCAAAGCAGCCUCUCCAUUGGAAAACUUUUACAGAGACAUUGUGCCAGCUUGAGCCAUUGUUGGAAGGAAAGGAGCAGAGCCUUUGUCUAAAACCCUUGUUUUAUCUUUUGCCAGCGAUGGUCAGAAGAAAUCUUCUAUCAUUUCUUCAUCUGGGGAAUGCUGUUAUACCUAAAGAUUGUCUGUAUCAUCUCAUUGUCCAGUUGAGGCAAAACUCACAUACUGAUCUGUGGACGCAGAAAUUACUUGAUAUUCUAGAGCAGGAUGUAGAGGGUGGAAUACGACAUUUGGAGGGAUCUGUUUCACAAACGCAGCAAUUAAAAUCUCUCUGCCAAAAAUUAGUGGGAUUUUCUGAAGACCGCUCAGAUUCUGAAAAAAGAUUAGGGUGGUACUUCAGCGAACAGAAGAAUGAAUCCUCUGCAGGUACAGAAGAUAAGCUGGUGUUAACACAGAACCCUAAAAAACGGAAAAACUCCAUGGAAGAUGUGUUUCACUUGGAUGAUGGUGAGCGAAAUACAAUGAAGAAAAUCAAAUUGUCGGAGGACAUUUCCUGUUUGGAGCCCUGUAAUGGCACCGAGAAGCAAGAUAUCACCACAAGGCCUGGGACCUUAUCUCUGGAAAGUGUGCAAGUUGUCUGUCCACAGGCACAAAGCCGGUUGGAUAUCAGUGAGGUGGAACAGAACUCACCUCCAAGCACACACACGAGUCUUAAUUUGCCAGAACAUGUUAAGGCUUGUAUACCCAGCCUGAGGGAUCUGUUUGGGGCUGAAUCAGAUAAGUUGGAAACAUCUGAAGAACUAAAUAUCUUUAAUGAAUGUGAUCCAAGCCAGCUGGAGAAACUCUGUUCAUUAUUGCGGCUGUCUGAACUCCCAGAGCACCUCCUGCCCCUGACCUGCAUCAAACUGAUCUCCUUGUCAUCUGACCUCAGUUACAGUAAUGCGGCUGUGCUUGCUCGGAACCUCUUCCUGAUGAGGAUACUUUCACUGACAGAGCCUGCCUCACGCUUUCUAAUGGCUGCCAUCACUUCAUUUUGCAAGAAAUAUGUACGUCCAUCCUGCACUGCUCUGAUUGGGCCACUCCUUCAGACUCCAGACAUAGGAAGUAUUCAAGUAAAAUUGAUUUGCAGACUUGCAGAAGACUGCCUCGAACCAGAGCAUCUAACAGUGAUAUUUGGGCACAUCUUGUCCAUUACAUGGAGUGAAGAGUUACUUUCUGUGGUACAUACACUGUUUGAGAGAAAGGUUGAAGUAACACCUGAACAAUUUGAGCAAUUUGUUCAGAAGCUAAGCCAAAAUGCAGGAAGUUUCAGCAAAUCAAUGAAAUAUGCCAAAGUGAUGCUGGCUGCACUUACAAAGUACCAGAGCUCUGUAACAUCUGUACACAAGAACAUGCUGUACUGCGCCCUAGAUUUACACAAGACAUUUCUGAAGAAGUCAAUGCAAGCAGCGCUGAAGCACAUUGUUACAUGAACUGUUCUGGCAUCUAGAUAAGGAAUUGUAAUUACAUCAUUUGUGAAACUGGAAGUAAUCUAAUCCACAAUAAAAGUAACUUAACAUUAA